AGUUGUGUUGCCAUUGGUGCGGGCGAGUUUUGCUAUCGUUUGCCCUGAAAGCUUCCAGAAAAACAUCAUAACCUUAUAUAAAUUCGUGUUUUGGUGCACAUUUUUCCUCCAAAGUGUAUACGAAAAGUACUACCAUUGCUUUUGUUAAAUUUAAAAAUUACAUUCUUUAUCAACAAAAACCAAUACAUACAAACUAUAAUUUGAUAACUUCGUUGCCAAAAUUAGCAUAUUCAACAAAUAUUGACUAAAAAUAACAUCAAUUUGGGUGACAAACAUUUUGGAUUGGCAGAUACUCUGUUCACGACUAUGACCGCCACAAAAAGGUCGCCGAAAACAAAAAGCGCAUCCAAGGUUCUACCAAAAGAUCAAGCCAGCAACAAAGCAGGUAAUGAACAAGAAAUUGAGAAUAAUGAAACAAUUAGCUACAAGCAAGACGGUGAUGAUGAAACAAAGCCACGGGACACCCCAAAUCCAGAAGGAAAGUGUAAACUCCACGACAUCUUCCAUUCUUGUACUGGCUACAAGUUAGACACCUUCACAUCGCAUACAAGCUUCACAAGCUGGUUACAUCGGCCAGUCGAUGCCUCAGCGCUUGGAGUUUUUCGCAUGCUCUACGGUUUGGCCAUGUGCAUCGAUAUUGCGGAGGAGCGUGGAGGCAGUCAAAUGGAUACACGCUUCGGCGAGCCACAGCAUUGCCACUUUCCGCUUUUCGAUGGCAUUAAGGCGUUCCCACUACCGGUGAUGGGUUGCAUUUAUCUGCUCAUGUGGCUGGGCGCACUCGGCAUUAUGCUCGGCUAUCGUUAUCGGCUUAGCUGCUUGGCGUAUAUCGUACCCUAUUGGUAUAUAUUCUUACUUGAUAAGCCGGCGUGGAACAACCAUAGUUAUUUAUUCGGUUUGGUUGGGACAAUAUUGCUCUUUACUGGAGCCAAUCGAUACUGCUCCUUGGACAAGUACCUGCAGCCGAAUAUGCCGGACACUGUGCCCUAUUGGAAUUACUUUCUCAUCAAGUUCCAAUUUUUCGUGCUCUAUAUGUACGCCGGACUGAAGAAGUUGACUGCGGAAUGGCUUUCGGGUUAUGCAAUGUCGAGCCUUAGUGAACACUGGGUCUUUACACCAUUUCGCUCAUUGUUGUCAUCCGAUUUGACAGAUCUACUGAUUGUGCAUUGGUUUACGGCGAUCUUCGACUUUUCUAUUGCCUUCUUUAUGACCUGGGAAGCAACCAGAUUACUGGCCACGCCCUUUAUGCUCAGCUUUCACUUAAUGAACUCGCGUCUCUUCGUUAUAGGCAUGUUCCCGUGGGUAUGUCUGGCGGAAGUGCCGCUCUUCUUUGGCUUCAGUUGGCCGCGAAAAUUAAGUCUUAGGUGUUUACUACAAUUUAUCAGCUCCUCAACCAUUUGUAAAGCUAAAAGUAAGCAGCAGGAAUCACAAAAUUUUGUAGAACCGAAAGAAGCUACAGAACUUAACGCCGCUUCAGGAGUUGUAGCCGCAAGUACUCAAUCCACAAACAGCAACAGUACCGACCAGAUUGGCGAAAAUUGCUUCGCUGCCAAACUGCGUGCAGGGCUCGUCUUGUUCUACUGUGCCCUGCAACUAUUCCUACCCUAUUCCCAUUUCAUCACGAAAGGCUAUAAUAAUUGGACCGAAGGCCUCUAUGGCUAUUCCUGGAACAUGAUGGUGCACACGUACGACACAGUGCUAACCUCGGUGAAACUCGUCGACAAUUCCAACGGUGAAGUACACUAUUUGGAUCCAUAUGCCUUCACAGAGUACGAUCGUUGGACCAAACAUGCCGAUAUGGCCUAUCAGUAUGCCAAGUGUAUCGAGGCGAAUAUACGUGACGAUUAUGCGCGCAAUCCACAAGCGAGCCCACUGAGUUCGACGAAUAUUUCGAUAUAUUUUGAUAUUUGGUGCUCAAUGAAUGGACGCUUUCAACAGCGCGUCUAUGAUCCGCGUGUCGACCUCUUAAAAGCCGAGUGGUCACCAUUCAAGCACACCAGUUGGUCAUUGCCACUGUUGAAUGAACUGAAUUAUAUGCGUCCGAAAUUAAAGACGAUGACCGAUGAGGUAAUGGCUUGGAGUAAUUACUCGGAUGUCAUAUUUGUUGCCGACUUUCCGGGACUAACAUUGGAUAACUAUAUUUCGACGGACUUGACAAAUGUGACGCUAACUAUUUUGGCUGGUAAUGUGCGCUAUAAGAGUGACGAUGAGGAUGAAUCUUACUUUCUGACGGCGGGCAAAAGUUUUGGACUACAAAGUGGUGAGACGCAUCAUAUAACAACGAUCGGGUUAAAGCCAUCUUCAUAUCUCUACACAUUUAUGAACAAAACAAUGAUCGACAGUGCAACGCCCGUCACCGAAAAUAUCAAUCAAAAGCCCAAGAAGCCGCUGUUGCCGCUUUGGGAUGAAUUUAGGAAUCGCAUAAAGAAUUACAAAGAAUUUCUCAAGCACAUGGCCAAUUGUGUGUUGUAUUUGUUGUAUGACGUGCCAAUACCUAUGGAGGUGCGUGAGCGAAAUUAAACGCCGCCAACCGUAGAUGACUUUCUCGCAACUAUUGUAAACUUAGUAUUUAGUAUUUAACGAAAACUACUAGCAUUUUAAAGUGAAAUGU